AGAGUUGAUUUGGAACCCAUUUGGCACUUUCGGCCAUACCCAAAAGACCAAGCCAAAACUGAAACUGAAGUCAUAACAAAACUCAACUAAAAGAAAGAAAACACACACCAUGUCCAAUAAUUCAGCCUCUUCUUGGAGUAGAGAUGAAGAAAAAGCUUUUGAAAACGCCAUUGCAAUGCAUUGGAAUAGUAGUAGUAGCACUGCUACUACUACAAGUGAAGAGGGCGACUCAUCAUCAUUAGAAGAGCAAUGGCAAAAGAUUGCUUCAAUGGUUCCAAGUAAAAGUAUAGAAGAAUUAAAGCAACAUUAUCAGUUGUUAAUGGAGGAUUUGCGGGAAAUAGAGGCUGGACACGUGCCGCUACCAAAUUAUGUUGGAGAAUUAGAAGGUGCAUCAUUGGCUACAUCAAGUAAAGAUUUUCUUGGCUUUUCAGGCUCAGUAAGUGGCGAAAAGAGGUCAAAUUGUGCCUAUGAAAGUGGGUUCACAGGGCUGAGCCAUGAGUCAAGUGGGCAUGGAGGCAAAGGAGGCUCAACGGCUGACCAAGAAAGGAGAAAAGGAAUUCCAUGGACAGAAGAAGAACAUAGGUUAUUUCUACUGGGUUUGGACAAAUUUGGGAAAGGGGAUUGGAGAAGUAUUUCAAGAAACUUUGUUAUAUCAAGAACCCCAACACAAGUUGCUAGCCAUGCGCAGAAGUAUUUCAUACGGUUGAACUCAAUGAAUAGAGACAGGAGGAGGUCGAGCAUACACGAUAUAACAAGUGUGAACAAUGGAGAGGUGUCAUCUCAUCUUCAUCAUCAUCAAACUCCAGGGCAACAGGGGGACAGAAACCCAGGAGGGGGUCCAGCAAUGGGAGCAUCGGUGAAGCACAGGGGGGGUCAGCCACAUUUGCUUGGCUUGGGAAUGUAUGGAGCUCCUGUUGGGCACCCAAUUGCAGCUCCUGGGCAUAUGGCUGUUGGGACUCCUGUUAUGCUUCCUCCACCAGGCCAUCAUCCUCAUCCUCCUCAUGUUGUUCCGGUGACUUAUCCAAUGGCAGCGCCACCGGCAAUGCACCAAUAAUUUCUUUUCUUUUAAAGAAACUUCAAAUAAUGUUUUAAUAUUACAGUCGAUCUCUCAUUGAUUUUUUUUUUUUUUCAUAAUGUACGAGAGCCAAAUCAGUCUCAGAGAAGGAAAACAACGAAAAAAAUCUGAUUGGAUUUGAAUCUUAACUCAAAAACUCAAGGGAGCAUGAAGUAAUAUAGUUCUUAAAUUCACAGUU